UUGAAAAUGAGUAAAAACGAUAAGUAGUCACUGAUUUCGGUAAUAAAUUAAAGCAAUGAUAUAAAGGCACGAAAAUGAGUGCACUGUUCAUAGUUCUGCUAACUCUAGUGGCGAUUUAUAUCAGUGUUUCGUGGUUAUUACCAAAUUUGUUGGCAUGGCUUUUCAAAAGAAAAUACCAUAUAAAACUAAGGAUAGGCAGAAUAGCAGUCCCUAAGCUAAUUCUACGAGAUGUUAGUCUUUCCAAAGAUGGAUACUCUAUUCACAUUGGUGAAGUAUCUUUUCGUAGUAGCUUUUUCAAUUCGGAAAUCAACAAGCUGGUCUCUGUCGUCAUCAAUAAACUACAAAUAACAAAUAAUGCAGAAGAGAAAAGAAGUGCAGUUGUUGAGACUAUACUCAAACCUUUAUUAUCAAAGCAAAAUUCCAAUUUCAAAGAAGGACAAGAUGCUACAGAGUCUGACACUAUCGAUAGACAAUUGAAACGAAUUGCUGAAAAGAAUUUAUUAGAUUUCCGUGACAAAAAGUUACCACCAAGUCUAAUUAUGUUUGCACAGUUUAUGGGUGUACAUAUAAUGGACGCGACGCUGACGGUAGUGAAUGGGUGUCCACGGUCACCGUUUGUGGUAGAGGCGAGCGCUGCUGAGGUGCGCGCAGACGGCGCGGCGGGAGGGCCGGCGCGCGCUCUUGCCUUCUGCGCCAGUGCGCUGCGCGUGCGCCUCGCUUGCCGCGCCGACGGCCUUCUGGAAGCCGCCUGCAGCCUACAUAUUGAGGGCACUGUUAAAGCUGAUGGUCCAUUAAAUGUUGAGAAAAUCCACACAGUUAUAAGCAAUCCAUCAAUAUCACUACAAGAUGAAGUGUACCAUUUUAUACAAAAACAGAAGACAAGAAAACCUAUUGAGCCCAAAAAUUAUGUAGAAAAUGAUGAUCAUCUCAGCACACUGAUUCCCAGAUUAUCUCCUAUUAUACCAAAGAUAUUCAGUUUGAAAAUCGAAAAAACAACAAUAAAUUCCGGAGGUAAAACUACAACAACUACUCUGCAAAGUUUACAAGUGAACUCGCGGUUCAGUGCUGCGGCGGAGGGCGUGCCGGGGGCGGGGUCUCCGCAGCUGUACGUUGCCUUCCAGGCUGACCAGUUGCAGCUCAUCACUGAACAAUACGACUUGCUCUUCCUCAAUAAAAUCAAGUUGGAUGCCAAGUUAGAGAAGGGUGUGCUGAACUUGUACCUGAUAAUAAGUACACUGAACAUGUCAUACAUUCACGAGGACAUGUUCAAGUGGUACCGCUCCAUCAGAGACUUGAACAGUAAGAUGAAGCCCAUGCAGCUCUCCGGUGACAGCAGUUCAGGGGGUGCGGGGGGUGCUGGGGGUGUGCCGGCGUGGGUGCGCGUGGCGCUGCGCAGCUGCGUGGUGCAGGGGUGCGCAGAGCUGCGCGGGGUGUCGCUGAGGGCGCGCCGUACCGCCGCCGGCCCCGCGCUCGCUGCCGGCUGCGGGGGACUCAAGGUCAAGCUGGACCAGCUCCUUGACACCAGGGAGGAGGCGUACAAGUGGGGGGUGGCGCAGCUGGUGGUGGGCGCGCGUCACUGGAGCGCGGAGCUGCUGGUGGACGCGGGGUGGGCGGGGUGGGCGGGGCGCGAGCCUCCCCCGCGCCGCCACCACGCCUGGCGCUCCGCCCUGCUCGCCGUCGCCCUCGUCAAGUGCGGCAGCCAUCCGCCACGCGACUGCAAGGUGGAAGCUAUGAUGGACUGCUUACGUCUAGAAUGGAGCAAGGAAAUAGCUGAUGCUGUGAUCUCGAUGGUGGAAUGUCUAAACGAUUACAAAACUCCGUGUAAAGCGAAGCUCCCAGAAGUAGUCGAGGAAUCCCCGGCGAAUAUAUCAGUGAACGUGGCUCUGUCGCAUAUCAAUUUGUUCCUCAUCGUGUCUGAUGAGAUAUGUCUGAUGACGAGGAUAGAUGCCGUCACCUUGGAGAAGACGGUGAACAAAGCCGGUGCGCUCGUCUCCGGAUUGAAAGUCGUCGAAAUGGUACCUUACAAAGCUAACGUUCAAUGUCAGAGAUCAGAUGAAAUCACAUCGACCUUCUUCCACGUGCGUUUGCUGAGAGUUGAAUUUUUGCAUUCCAAAGACAAGAGUACAAAUCUCUUAGAUUUUCAAUUUCUCGAAACAGUAGACUUUGAAUGGAGCGCUAACAUGCAUUUAAAGAUAUUGACAUUCGUCCGAGCUGUGAAAAGUUUCCGGAAAGAGUUAAAGGAAUUGAAAGAGAGUAAGAUUGAGACAGAAGAUGUGGGAGAAGAUAAAAAGAAGCCGUUAGACUGGAGGGUGUCAUUUAAAGGCGAUACUAAUUUAAUGUUGCUCCUAUCUGAAGACAACAACAUGCUGUUCGUUACAGACGAGCUGACUGUGGGUUGCGAGGAGUGGUGCGGGGUGUCGGUGUCGUGGGGUCAGCUGAAGAUGGUGCUGAACGGUGAGGAGGUGGUGGUGGUGGAGGGGUACAGUCAGGAGCGCGCGCACGAUGACCCCGACGUGCGCGUCGAGCGCUCCGCCAACGAGGGCUUCCUCCUGCCCUGGAACAAGGUUUGGUCAGUGAACGUGGAAUCUGUGCGCGUGGUGUUCCCGUACAAGCACAGAUUCGCGGAGGCUGUGCAGGGCGACUUCGUGUCGCUCUUCAAGUGGCUAAAGUUGGUGCACGGUGUGAAGAAGCGGCCCUUCACCGCCGACAGCCCGCUGCCCAGCGACUUACACAUCAAGAUCGAGGAGGUGUUGCUGGAGAUGAGCGACGACCCGUUCGAGGUGAAGUUGCGCGACAACUACGAGCUGCUGGAGGACGAGUACAAGGAGAGCGAGAAACGACGCACCAUGCUCGACGCCAAGGUACAAGAGCUGUGCAAGCCGCACCUGUUCCUGCCGGCGGGCAAGGUGGAGCAGCUGUACGCGGCGCUGCGGCAGAAGGACGCGCAGAUCUACGUGCAGCGAUGUCGCGCCGCGCCGCCGCCGCGCACUCGCCUCGUCGCCUGCUGCCUCUCCGCGCUGCGCGUGCUCGCGCUCGCAGACCCCAGCGUGCACGGCGCGCACAACGCGCAGGCCCGCCUCCGACACAUCGACUGGGACAGCCCGUGGCCGGAGGAGGGCAUCGACUUCAACACCUUGUGGUGUCGCAGCGUGAGCGUGCAGUGCGCGCAGUGGCAGCUGCGGCUGCGCGACUUCCCGCAGCCGCUGCUCAGCAUGACCCAGCUGCGCCUCUGGGGCACGCUGCUCGCCGCCGAGGAGCAGCCGCCGCCCAGAGCGGUGAGGACGGUGACGAUAGAGCAGGGCGCGCCGUGGGGCAAGGUGGAGCUGGAGCGCAGCAUGAUGCCGCUCAAGUGGUACUACGACCUGUGCUGCGAGAUGGCCGAGUACAGCUACGCGUUUGGUCCCUGCUGGGAGCCAGUCAUUGCCCACUGCAACCUCGCAUUCGACCAAGUAUCGCGGCCGUCGCUGGACCCGUCCGCGCCGCUGGCGUGGUGGGACAAGGUGCGGCUCCUGAUGCACGGCCGCCUCACCGUCAACUGCAAGAAGUUCACCUGCCUCCUGCACGUCUCCCUCGACCCUUACAACACCACCGAGGAGAUGGAGGUCACAUGGAACGAUCUCGUCUUGGACUGGACCAAUGGCAAGCUGGCAUUCCUGGGCGAGCUGAACGUGUUCGUGCGCACGGCGAGCAAGUACGACGACUGCCGCGUGCUGCGCGUGCCCGCACUGCGGCUCAGCGUCAAGUUGGGCUGGCAGUGUGUGGGUGACCCGCGCGACCACCACGCCGUCGCGCCCUGCGCGCCCACACGCCUGCCUGAGUACUCCAGCAACCAGGAACACGACUCGUACAGAGCUUUCCGCUCCCAAGGACUGGAACUGCAUUUGGGAAUGGAUACCAAGCCUGUUGAGAGAGACGGUCCCGUGCUUCUCUUGUACGGCAGCACUCUCAGAUGGUUCGAAAGCCUGAAACUGAUCCUGUCCGGGGUGACGAGGCCGACGCGGCGCGGGCGCGUGUUCCGCAACCUGCGCCCGCGCAAGCCGCAGCUCUCGCGACACUACCGCCAUGUCAGCGUUGCUCUCACGUUACACAACCUACAGGUGUUCUACUGGUCGUCCUCCAGCAUGCAGCGAGGUAUAGAGAUGCGAUGCGGACGUGUGACGUGUGGCGCACGACACCGGCUGUCGCUGGCGGCGGCGGGGGACGGUCUGCUGCGACGUCCGCGCGCUCUCUGGACCACCGACUACAUGAACUGCGACCUCAAUGAUGCAGAGAUAUGGCUCAAGACACCAGCACCCGUCGCAGACGACAAGGACAACGAGAACUCAGUGUUGAGUCCACCGGCGAUGGAGAAAUGCUACUGUCUGUCUGUGAGGCGCGUGUCUUACGGGCGCGAGGCGGGCGGCGCGACCUGCAGUGCUGGGGGCGCGGCUGGUGCUGGGGGCGGGGCUGCGCCUGCGCCCGCGCACCGCCUCGCCGUGCACGACCUGCGCGGCGCCUGGACUAAACUCAAUCGGGACCUCGCCUUCGCACUCAUCGACUCCUAUAUCAAGACUCAGCAACUGAAAAAGAAUCUCUCCACUAAAGCACUAAAAGAGGAAGAAAAACCAACGACGUCACCGAAACAGCAGCGAGAAUCCGACGUCGUGUCACCGCCUCCAGCCUCUGCACAGAGCGGCGGGGGGUGCGCGGCGGGCAUGCUGGCGGCACUGGUGGCGGAAGCGGGCGAGGCGGGGGGCGAGGCACCCGUCGUGUUUAGCGACGAGCUGGCGGGCGCCGAGGGAGACGCCCCUCCCCCGCAUGCGCCCCUGCGCCACGCCCUCGACGAUGACAACGCACACACCGCAUGCCUCAUCGAGCUGGUGAACUCGCAAGUGGUGCUGAAGGGGUGCGAGACCCGCGGGUAUGUGAUCCUGUGCGCGGCGCGGGCGGAGGUGCGCCAGCGAGUGCGGCGCGCGCCCGCAGCCACCGCAUGGAGCGGCGCGCUCUCCGCCAUGCAGUACUACGCCACCGUCAGCGCCGCAGACCGCGACCAGCUCGACGAAAACAUUCAGUGGGUGUCCGUGGAGGAGAUCGAGGAGCGGUGGUCGGGUGCGGAGAUCAGCACUCUGCCCGACGUACCGCGGCUGGUGGGCAGUGGACACUCCGCCGGUGGAGUCAUCGGUAGCACCGUUGGGCCCGGCAACGAUGCCGGAUUAGCGCAAUUGCAGCGUAUCGUGUCUCGGUGCGCGUGCGAGUUCUAUUACGUAACACACGAGGAGACUGAAAGCGGUGCGGGGGGCGGGGCGGGCUGGGCGCAGCAGCCGCAGCCCUACGACUCCUUCACACUCAUGCACCACGACCUGGAUGUAUGCACCAACUCGCUACAGUACGCGAUGUUACUGGACGUGGUGAACAACGUGGUGCUGCGCGUGGAGCCGGAGCGGCGACGGGCGCUGGAGAGGCGAGCGCGCAUGCGCUUCCAACUGCAGCUGCAUCAGGACCGUGAUCACAAGCAGCUUAUACACAAACUGCAAACACAGGUGAGAGAAUCUCUCGCGCGUCUGCGGCGACUGGAGAAGGAGUACUAUCUGAAGAACAGGUCCAUCACCGGCCACGAUCCUGUCGCCAUUGCUGAGCUCAAGAGCCUUGAUGAUCAGGUGAACGAGUGCAAGGAGGCUGCGUGGUCGCUGGGCGAGGAGCUGGACGCGAUGGUGCGGGCGUGGCGGGAGACGCGCUCCGCCGCACCCGCAGUGCGCGCGCCGCACGCGCCCCCGCACAGGCACAACGAGAUCUGCUUCAAGUCGGCGCGCUGGCGGCUCACUGACGCCGACGGACAGCUCGGCAUCGCCGACCUGCUCCUCACCAACUUCUUGUACACGAAGACUUCAAGGUCCGACGACUCAGUGGAGCACCAGCUGGAGGUGGGCUACGUCCGCGUCACCAACCUGCUGCCCAACGAGCCCUUCCCUGAGGUGCUGGUGCCGCAGGCGGCGUCGGGGCGGGCCCCGCUGGCGCGGCGAGCGGCGCUGCGCGUCUUCUGCCGCGACCGCCCGCCCGUCGGCGGCAUCUCUGUCAAGGAGCACUUCGAGGUCAACAUUGUGCCAAUACGCAUCGGUCUAACGAAGAAGUUCUUCAACACGAUGCUGAAGUUCUGCUUCCCGGAGCGAGACCCUGAGGCCAUGGAGGAGGGGGAGGAGGAGGCGGGGCGAGAGGAGCGCGCGCCCUCCGCCGCCUCCUCCGGUGGUACCAAGAGACGCACCAAGAAGAAGGACUCCAACUCCAACUUCUACGUCAAGCGCGACAAGGACAAGGAUGACGUCGAGAAGAUGAAGGAGCGCGCGGAGAAGAACAAGCUGUUCAUCUACAUCAAGAUCCCGGAGGUGGGCGUGCGCGUGUCUUACAAAGGCAGCAAGGAGAAGAACUUGGAGGACGUGCGCGAUCUGCCGCUCGUGCUGCCCACGCUCGAGUACCACAACGUCACCUGGACCUGGCUGGACCUCCUCCUCGCCACCAAGAACGACACUAGAAGGGUGAUCCUGUCGCAGGCCAUCAGGCAGAAGCUGCAGCUGGGGCGUCGCGCCGCCGCACCACCCGAACCUCACGAGGAGGACAAGGUCCGCCUGCUGCUCGGCGAGCGCACGGUGGCUGAAAAUAAACCCCAAAAGAAGAGUACGCCGAGUGUAUUCAAAUUUUCCAAAUCCUAGCGUAAGUUUAUUUUGAAGCAUUUUAUAAAUAUAAACAUACCAAAUAAGACUUGAUCAAAUUCCUUUGCGGUUAAAUCUGAAAUUCAAUUCGAG